AUGGAGUUCCCGGACCUGGGAGCCCACUGCUCUUGGGCCGCCUGCCAGCGCCUAGACUUCCUCCCACUGAAGUGCGACGCCUGCGAGCAGAUCUUCUGCACCGACCACAUUGCUUAUGCCCAGCAUGGCUGCACCUCUGCCUACAAGAAGGAUGUGCAGGUCCCCGUGUGUCCCCUCUGCAACACCCCAGUGCCUGUGAGGCGGGGGGAGAUGCCUGAUGUGGUGGUGGGUGAGCACAUUGACCGUGACUGCAAGUCUGACCCCGCACAACGGAAGCGCAAGAUCUUCACCAACAAGUGUAUGAAGCCUGGCUGCAAGCAGAAGGAGAUGAUGAAGGUGAUCUGUGACCAGUGCCACAAGAACUACUGCCUGAAGCACCGGCAUCCCCUGGACCAUGACUGCAGUGGGGCAGGGCAUCCUUUCAGCAGAGCAGGACAUGCUGCAAUUGCAAGAGCUGAGGCAUCUUCCUCCAAAACUGACACCACAUCCAGCAGUGGAGCUGCCUGGCCAGCAGAGAGCCCCUCUUCCCCAGCAUCUGCCAGAGGAGGUAAAGCAGCUGUGUCACAGACUCACAGAACCUCCCCUCCGGCUGUCAUGCUGCAGAACGGGCUGAGUGAGGAAGAGGCACUGCAGCGAGCCCUGGAGAUGUCCCUGACAGAGUCAGCACGCAGCUCAGUGCAGCCACCGAGCAGCACACAGGAAGAGGAGGAUCUGGCACUGGCCCAGGCGCUGUCAGCAAGUGAAGCUGAGUACCAACAGUCACAGCGGCAGGCACACAGUUCAAAGCCAUCAAACUGCAGCAUGUCGUAAGCUGGUACGGCGGGGUGUGCCAGCAGACACAGGAUCCCACUUGUGAACUGAGUUGCAGCUCUGACCUCCCACAUGGAUGCCAUGGGGGUUCUGGCCUGGACAUUGAUGGUAAGAGCCC